CCGUCAGAUCAGGGUACUCUGCCAACACUGGAAAGUUGACCAAAAAUCCCAGCACCGAUGGUUAUCUUGAACAGAUAACAUGCAAAUGUGGAUAUUUAUCAAUGCCUGAAUUCUCUAUAGAGUGAGAGGUGAGAGGAGCUUUUAUGCUCCUCACAAAUGGAACAGCUCCUAGAAUGCAUCAGGGCUGCUGAAACUCUCCCUUGUGGGCUCUAAAACCUGAGGGAUCUCCAUAAGAACGCUCCUCCUGACUGAACAAAGGUGCUGACAUCAUGGUACAAAAUCAGUGUACUGAGUGAACCGGAACACACCGAAAAUGACCCAGCAGCGUCUUCCACCUCAGAGGCCGAGCCUGACGCCAAGGGGGAGAGUGUGGCCAUGAACUACAAGCCCUCGCAUCUGCAGGUUCAGAUAGAGAAACAGAGGGACCUUGCCAGGAAGGCAUCGGUGAAGAAUGGCACCGUGGGAAGUCCUGUCAAUCAACAGCCUAAGAAGAAUGCCAGGACAAGGUUGGUGGUGCCAAACAAAGGCUACUCUUCUCUGGACCAGAGCCCCGAUGAGAAGCCUCUGGUGGCGCUGGACACUGACAGUGAUGAUGACUUUGACAUGUCAAGAUACUCUUCAUCAGGAUACUCCUCAGCCGAGGUGAGAUGUCUGAGGGACCAGCAAAUCAACCAGGACCUGAACAUCCAGCUGUUGAAGGACGGCUACCGGCUCGAUGAGAUCCCAGAUGACGAGGACUUGGAUCUGAUCCCCCCUAAAGCCGUGAACCCUACCUGCAUGUGCUGCCAGGCUGCCCCUUCCACGGCCUGUCAAAUUCAGUAGCACUCCCUCCAUCUCUGCUGAUCAAAGAAGAAAAAACUAUUGGCUUGCAAAGGCUCAAAGGGAAAAUGACUUUAUAACUAAGGAAAACGCAAAACUGAAUAUGUGCAGUACGUGUGCAUGUUCCUCCUAUGGCAGGAUCAUGUUGGUUCAGCAGGGACUCGAGCGAUGGCAGAAACAUUACCUCCAAGGAAACGAUGUUUAUUCUCCUUCAUUUCAUGCUUGUGGAUUUUUGGGUUUACAAGGACCAUUCAUGAUUGUGCAAGAAAAGAAACAACAAAUGGGGUAGAAGGAAAUCGGCAAAAUGACCGGGUGUUAUAGCCGUGAUGGACCAUCCGAGCUGUCCACUUCUACUGUCGUAUUUACAGUUGUUGGUUAUUUAUCAAGGACAAAAAGAGACUGACAUUUAGCAUGAAGUUUAAGCAGUGGCCGUUGUCUUUUCCUCUUUUGUUUAAUUUCGUUCAGCCAGUCUCCUUUGUCUUCCUGCGCUGUAUGUGCCAGAUUUGAAAACAGACACGUGUCUCGUCAUCCCAAGAAAAACGAUGCGAACCCAUCAAGCUGCUUAUAAAAUACUAGUGCUCAUAUUGUCAACACUAAGGUAGUUAUCUAUCUGUUACUGAGAUUGUACUGCUUUUACCUGUUUUACAUUCAGUUAAAUGAAGCUUAAAAAUGUGCAUGUUGCCUGCUAACACUGUGUCCCGGUGACCAAUGUGCAGAAAGUUGGUCAGUUUUUAUUGUCCGGCAGCCACAUCCACCCAUAGCGGAGACAUUACGUGCUUUGCAAAACAGCAAGUCAUACAUACAGUAAGUUCACCUAUACUGUAAAAUCAGUAUAUUAAAAAAAAUAGCAUUCUAAUAAUGGCAAAGCUGAAUUGUGAAUUAGUGUGUAUUUUGUGUGUGUGGGUGUGUUUGUCCACAUUAGCGUCCACCACCGAUGGUAACAAUAGUUCCUAAACGUGAUAGAAUGAACAGAAGUGGAGAAAAAUGUUUGGAAAUGUACAGUUUUGGUCGUCUGAAUGAGAAGAAUGUGAAUGAAAUGAUGCCAAAAGCUUGGGUCAUUAUGUUGUUUUCAUAAAUAAGGCACUCCUAUUUUGCAUAGGUACUGUAAAUUUUCCUUUCUUUUUUGAGAUUUACUUAAAAUUUGUAUUUAUUUUGUUUGCAGGACUAAUUUAAUGCAUGCAUAUUCCUCCAGAUUUGCAGUAUGACUCAUUUGUCUAACGUGUGAACAAACUGCAGAAAUUGCUGUCUGCUGUCGCUUCAUUGAUAUCAGAACUGCUCAAAGGGAGUCAGCCAUGUCAUUUAGGGUUACUAAAUGUCUUGUUUUUUAAAUUUUUUUUAAAAUAAUUUUUAUGUUUGAUGGGUCAGUGCUGCUUUGAAAAAAAAAAGGUUAGGCUAAAAGUCCGAAUUGUCAUAUCAUUUUUGAAAAAUGUUUCUUUUUAAAGAACUCCACUGAACAUUCAUUAGGUUUUAUUAAACUUACUAGAAUAGUAGCUGGCAAACGUGUGUGUGUGUGUGUGCGUGCGUGUGUGUGUGCGCGUGUGUGUGUGCAUGUGUGCGUGCAUGUGUGCGUGCGUGCUUUUAUUGCUUAUAAUGUUUGCACUAGUUAAUAUUCUGAUGUUUAAGGGAUCUGAAAGAUUGCUCAUAUACAAUGAACAAUCUUUUUUUUUUUUUUUUUUUUUUCUUUUUUAAAGAUAUGACUGUUUAUCAUUAACUAUGAAGCUUCCAUAACUACUUAUUGGCUGAUU